CAAAUUCACCAUAAAAUUUGUUUUACAAAACAGAUGACGAACAACAACAACAACAAUGUAGUGCUGUGACUGUGGAAUAUGUAAUUCAUAUUGUAGGCCGACAUGUAUAAGGUGGUCCCUGUGAAAUUCAAUGAGAAGAGUUCAGCAGGUCAUUUGCUCUAUUACAAGGAACAUUCAGUGAAAGAAAUUGAUGACUCCAAACCAACGGAUAGAACCCUCUUUGUUGUCAAUGUUCCUCCAUAUUGUAAUCAGGAAUGUCUGGAACGUUUGUUUGGUGGUUGCGGAAGUGUGGAGUCUGUCACAUUACAAACUAAAGCUGGCAAAGAACUUGAUACAAAGCUAGAAGAAAUCUACCCUGUAAGGAAGACAAGGAGUUUCAAAAUAGGAUACAUUGUCUUUGACAAGAGUUCAUCAGUUACCAGGGCUAUGAAGCAGAACUACGAGGAAUCAUUCAUAUUAUCACCUGAAGGGCAGGUAAAUGGACCGGUUACUGGGUAUAGAAAAUGGUGUUCAGAAUAUGAAAGCCGAUGGGAAGAUCCUAAGAUACUGCAGAAGAAAGCAGAUGACUUCAUGAAAGAGUUUGACAAGAGGAAACAGGAGGAGAAGGAAUUGGCCAAGGAGGAGGAAGGGGUGCCCGAUGAUGAUGGUUGGGUCACUGUCACAAGAAAGAGUACUAAACCAGUUGUGACAAGGACAGAGAGGAAGCAGAAGAGACUUCAAGCAAAGGAAAAGAAGAAGAGACAAGAAAAGGAACUGAUGAACUUUUAUACGUUCCAGAGUAGAGAAUCAAAGAGAGAACACAUUGCUGAACUCAGGAAAAAGUUUGAGGAAGACAAACAGAGGAUAGCCCAAAUGAGAGCAGCAAGGAAAUUCAAACCAUACUAGUACAACAAGGCUGCAUAUAAUUGUUUUCAUGUAUUUAUUGCCCAAGCUUAACUCAGAAUAAAAGACUCAAGUUUAUUUACUUCGAUUUACUUAUGAUUAGUUACUCGUUUUGUUUAUAUUAUGAAAUAAAGGUUCCUUUUUUCCCUGUAAUAAAAAGUUUAUUUACGUUCAAGCUGCGUCAUAUCAAGGCUCCAUGAAAUUUGCUCCGGGGACAAUUGCUCCGAUGGAAAAUCUGCAUGUUACGUUGAACCUACAUGUAAAACCUAACUUCCAAAACUAAAUCAAUUUUAAUCCUCUAUUAUUUUCAACCAAAAGCUCUACUACAACCUUAACUCAUACCCUAUGUCCUCUGAUAUAUCAAGACCAGAACAAUUGUCGCAGGAGUAUGUUGUGUCACACAUACCAAUGACACAUUUGUCUAAUUGCUACAAAGCUGAACGCUAAGGCAAUAAGUUCAAGUUUUUUUCUGUAGUGUAGACUAAUUUAAAAUUACAAGAGAAAUCAAAUAUUAAUGUCUACAUGUAAUUAUAUUAAAUGGACUCAAUAUCACUUAUGAGGUUAAUGCACUUACUUAGGUGAUUGAGAUUAUGAAUUGAAUUUGAUUUAAGAACAUGAUAGACAAAAAGAUUUUCUCUGAGUUUCUUAAAGGGAUGGUCCAGUCUGGAAAUAGAGUAAAAUUCACAGAGCACAAUAUUGAAAAUUUGAUCAAAAU